UUUGGCUGUGAAAGUUGUAAGAGGAAGCGCAAGAGAGAGAGAGAGUUGCAGAGAAGUUCGUAGCCAUGGCUUCGUCCCUGUUUCAAUCCUUCUUAAAUCCAUCGAAGAACUGGUUCGCUGCUCAGCAUAUGAAAGCCCUCUCCAAACGCCUCAGGAAAUACGGGCUUCGAUAUGAUGACCUCUACGAUCCGAUGUACGAUUUGGACAUAAAGGAAGCACUGGCUCGCCUUCCUCGUGAGAUCGUUGACGCAAGGAUUCAGCGUCUCAAGCGCGCCAUGGAUCUUUCCAUGAAACACGAGUACCUUCCCGAAGAUUUACAGGCAAUGCAGACACCGUUUAGGAGCUAUCUUCAGGACAUGUUAACUCUAGUAAAGAAGGAAAGAGCAGAGAGGGAGGCAUUGGGAGCAUUACCUCUUUAUCAACGCACCAUUCCCUGAUUAUAUUGUUGCACCAGUCCUGGAUCUUGUUCAUCAUGUUUUCUGAUAGAUUCUUUAGUGGUGGACCGUGAUAACUGAGACGUUUGGUAUCUAUUCGUCUCAGAAAAUGGUAUCGUAUUUUGUUGACGAAUUUCUUUUGGCAUCGUUGGGUAUGGUUCGAUCAUCAUUUUUGCCAUAUCUAAGCAAGUGGUUUACUUGCUAACAAGUAAUAAUCCCUAUCCAAAACUGGAUGAAUUUCUGUUGUUGAACUAACUUGAGUAGUAUUUAUUGCACAUUGCACUGAUUUGGAAAAUGAAGGGUAGUUGUGUGGACUUAUUCA